UGGCAUGGAGGCGGCAAAGGGCGUUCCUGCUGCUACCCUCUGGCUAUAGACAAAGAGGCAAAACAAUGUCACUUGAGAAGGUUAUCUGUUAUCCGGCUACUCAGGUAACAUCCAACGGUAUAUGGGCCGGACAGAAACCAUCAUCGUAUUCCCUCCCUCUCUUAUUGAUGCAGAUUUCUUCGGUUCUCAUCAUCAGCCGUGGCAUUCAGAUCCUAUUAAAGCCUCUCAAGCAGCCUGCCAUCAUAUCUGAAAUCAUGGGUGGAAUAAUAGUGGGACCAGCUGUUCUUGGGCGGUUGAAGGGGAUUAGAAACAUCCUGUUCCCUGACCAAGGCUAUUUUGUUUUAAAUACUGUGUCAAUGUUGGGAGUAAUCUUCUACCAAUUCAUGAUUGGAGUGAAGAUGAACCCAUCAUUGAUAGGAAAAGGAAGAAAGUCUUUUAUAAUUGCACUGACAGGAAUGAUUGUGACUUUUGCAACAGUUACAAGCCUUAUUUACCCAUUGGGAAAGUAUGUAUCUAAAAGCAUGGCACAAGGUCCCUUCCUCACAGCUAUUGCUUCCCAACUCACCAUCUCACCAUUCCCUGAUGUAUAUCCCUUCCUAGCUGAAUUCAAUCUCCUCAAUUCAGAGCUGGGUCGCCUUUCUCUAGCUGCAGCUAUGGUGAACGACAUCAUUGGAUGGUCAUCGCUUGUUUUGCUUGAAACCACUAGACCAGGCCGUUCCAGCUUAGCCGCUUUCUACAGCUUGGGUUCCAAUAUUUGUUUGCUCAUAUUUGCUUUCUUCAUCAUACAUCCCCUUAUGAUAUGGAUAAUCAGGCAGACUCCAGAAGGAAAGCCUGUGGAGCAAAGGUACGUAGUGACAAUCUUGAUGGGGGCAGUUGUCAUGGCUCUCACAACAGACAUGUUAGGAAUGAGUUUACUGCAGGGACCACUCUUAUUCGGGCUAGUCAUACCGGAUGGUCCGCCUUUGGGGUCCACACUAACAGACAAGACUGAGAUGAUGAUGAGAGUUAUUCUUUUACCCCUCUUUUUUGCUUGCUGUGGACAGAGCGUAACAACAUUUUCAAUCACUGAUUGGCGUAACUGGGGUGUAUUAGUUUUGAUCAUCUUCAUUAGCAGAAUAGCCAAACUAGCUGGGACCAUCUUCUCCGCCAUCAUCUGCAAGAUUAAUUUCCGGGAUGCUCUUACUCUUGGUCUCAUUCUCAACUCCAAAGGUUUCACUGAGAUGCUGACCUAUUGGCACUGGAUAAGUUAUACGCUAAUUGAUGAUCAAACUUAUACACAAUUGGUAGCAUCGACAUUGGUAACAACCAGCAUCGUGUCGCCCUUGGUGAAAAGCCUGACUAUGAACUCAAGGCCAUACAUGACUUAUGUUCGUCGCACAAUUCAACACCUCAACCCCCGUACUGAACUCCGCAUGCUAGCCUGCAUCCAUGGCCAAGAAAAUGUCCCACCCAUCAUCAACCUCUUGGAAGCCACCCAUGCCACCCAAGAAAGCCCGAUUUGCGUCUACGUGAUGCACCUGGUAGAACUCAUAGGCCGUGCCACCCCAAUGCUCAUAGCUCACAAGCCCCACAAGAAAUCUACCUUUUCCUCUAUCUCCAAUGCCAUCUUUAGUGCCUUCUACAACUACGAGAAGCAAUAUACUGGCAAUGUCGUAAUCCAACCAUUCACCUCCAUUGCUCCUUACAAAACCACUCACAAUGAUGUCUGUUCUGUUGCUCUGGAUAAGAAGGUCUGCCUCAUAAUUGUCCCUUUUCACAAGCAGAAAUCUGUUGAUGGAAGUUUGGAUGUAGUAGACCAUGCCCUCCAACUCAUAAACCCCAACGUUCUUGUCGAGUCCCCAUGCUCAGUUGGGAUCCUCGUUGAUAGGAGUCGCUUUGGAGGACAUUACGCCUGGUCCAAACAGGGUUCUACACCAUACAGAAUUUGUGUCAUAUUCAUAGGUGGGGCUGACGAUCGUGAGGCUCUUUCAUAUGCAUCUCGUAUGGUCAAUCACCCAAGAGUUAUGCUCACAGUAGUGAGAUUCCUUUCCAAGGAAGACAUGAGGGAGAAGACAAGGGAGAGAUGGCUAGAUGAUGAAUUAGUGGAAGAGUUCAGGGUGAAAAGCGUAGGGAAUGAACAGAUAGUUUAUAGAGAAGAAUUGGUUAUGGAUGUUGAGGAGACUAUUAGUGUAAUUCAAUCGAUGGACGACAUCUACGAUCUAAUGGUUGUAGGUAGACGACAAGGUAUGACUAUGUGGCUUGUUGGUGGUCCAUCUGUUUGGAGUGAAAACCCAGAACUAGGGGUGAUUGGAGACCUGUGUUGUUCAUCUGAUUUUUUUUCUGGAACAGUUUCGGUAUUGGUCAUGCAACAACAAGUCAUCACCAGCGUUUCUACGAUUGAUGAUAUCCUAGAAUUCAAUAUGAAUCAUGGACAUGAUGAGGCGUUUCCAGGUAGAAAAGUAUAAGUUUUUAGUGUGUAUAGGUUCUUGUAUGGAUCAGGAUCUUCAUUUUCUUUUUCUCUUCUUUAUUAGCUUGUGACCUUUUCAUGGUAACCUCAAUCGAGUAACUCAUUCUUCUUCA